AUGAAAUGCUUCAGCAGUGCCGAUACUAAUGCUUCACUAUCUUUAAUCGCGUGUCGUAUAGAUCUGCGAUGUCGAUACAUGGCGGUUGCGAGAGACGCCACCGGUCGCGAUCAGUAUGCGCCCUUCUCACAUUUUUGUGCGGAUCGUCCGUCUCUGUCGGUCUUGCGUGUCGCGUAUAGCGCGUCCCUGUCGCUCUCGCGCCGGCCGCGCGGCCGGGGGACACGUAGCGUUCCGCGCUCGGCCGCCGACUCGCAGCGGCGC